CUGGGAGUAGAUGACCAUGGAAAUAGUUUGUUUUCUAUCUACAGAAAUGGAAAGCUGAUUAAUUUGAUUAGGUAUUUUCCUAUCAUUUAGACAAAUAAUUUAGAGGAAAUGAACUUGUAAAACAGAAAUGGAGCAAAAGAAGAGUACACACAAAGGUGUGUCCAUCAAAGACUUACCGCUUCUCUUCUGUGGAGUUCUGCUAGCAUCUAUUAUCAUCUCUACCGUCCUUAUCUACAUCUAUGACCAAGGUUUUAGAAUCAGCGUUAGAGAUGUAUUCUUGUUGUACCACUAUGGCAUCCGAGGUUCCAGGAGUUGGCAGAUGGCGGACAAAGACCAUCUGAAGGCCUGCGAGGGCCCAGGAGUGUCCGAGGCUAAACCAAGCACAAAGUAUGACUUGACACUGUUUGGUCCCUACACCUUCGAACCAACUUUCCGUAACCCGUGUUGGUACCAGGUACAGGGAGGUAACCACUCUCUCGCCCCACACCUGCGUUGUCUCCCCUUCUUCUACCUGGCGGGGUUCCCCAAGUGUGGGACAACCGACCUGUACUUCAGGCUUACUCAGCAUCAGCACAUCGUACGGACUCCUAGGAAGGAGCCUCACUGGAUCACCAGAGGGCGCUACGACAACCCAGACCUUCAGAAGUACACCAGUUUUUUUGCAAAGGCACUGAAGGCCGGAGUAAGAUUAAUGAUUCACGGAUGGUUGGUGAACCAAAUCCAAACAUUGUGGCUUUGUGUGUAUUUGUAUGUGUAUGUUUGUGUGUGUUGGUCCCGCAAAGGAGAUGGAAGUGCUUCCACUUUUUGGGAUAACAACAGUUGGUACCUGUUGCCUGGCAACGAGAACUGCUCGGAGCCUAGAGUCAUUAACGCUGAUUACAUACGUCACUUAAAUCCUAAUGUCAAGGUGGUAGUCAUUCUGAGGAACCCUGCUGACAGACUGUACUCUGACUAUUGUUAUUUCACGACGAAUCCUACAAAAGCGGAAUUUCACACUAAGGUAGUGGAGCAGAUCCGGCAGCUACGAGAGUGUUUUGUGUCUAACUCCUUGAGACAAUGUGUUUACAACUCUUCCAUAAAUAAGCACUGCAGGAUUCAUGUUGGCCUUUAUCACAUCUACAUAGAGGAUUGGCUGAAACGUUUCUCACGUGACCAAAUCCAUGUGCUGCGAUUGGAGGACUUAAGUGCAAAUGUAACACAGGAGGUGCUCAAGAUUUACCAGUUUCUUGGCCUUGACUCUCCAACUGAAGAAGCCAGGGAAGCAAUGCUUCAUGGCCUGCCAAAGAACAAGGGAAAGAAACGAACUGCUACUGGUGCGAUGCUGAGAGAAACAAAAGAGAUUUUACUCAGUUUUUACCUUCCUUUCAACAAACGUCUCGCAUGGGUCCUCAAUGACAAUAGAUAUCUGUGGAGCUGACAACUGCUUCUACAAAUGCAGGUUGUGCCUCAUUUUUGUUUGUUUACAGCUGAUUUGUCACUUGCCGAACCCAGCGAAAGAGAUGAAGGCAAACGUUGGCAAGCCUUUUUGUCCUUCUGAUGAUGUGAUAUAUGAAGGCAACUGAUUUUUUCUACCGGGGUUUACAAUAUAAACCUGGACACUGAUUCUAAUAUUCCAGGGCGGGACACAUCGUGUCGUAUCUGUAACGGUAAACGCACGAUGUACGAUGUAAAUGUACUGACGUCAUGGUUGUCUGUCGUCUGUAACAGUCAAAUAAAGUGUGUUUUUGUUUCCGUGAACAAAUAAAGUAAAUUGAAAGUAGAGGGGAUGGGUAAGCCCAUGAUUAUUUGUCGUUUCACGAAACCCAGAAAAAGUAAUAAUUAUUAGGAUUGUAGCGAUAGCACCGAAGUGCCCUUUCACUAACGCCGGCUGUGGAAGUCCCAUCAAACAACUAGGCAACAAUACAGAUGUUACUCUGGUCCCGGGUGUGGUUUUGGAUUAUUUCAAACCAGUCGACACGGUCUUCUUUGAUAUACAAGACGAUCUUCCGACCGUGACGCAACUGUACGCAAGCCUUCAAAAGGUUACAAAGUCAAGAGACCUCGGUAUUGACAUGUCCUGAGUCUGAUUUCAGCUCGGCGAAGAAAGGGCACACUCUUAAUUUCUUAGAUAACAAGAAUAUUUUUUGCAGCAGAGAUUUCUGAACUAUGAGUAACAGUAACUAAGAUCCAACCAUCGACAGCUGACGAACACAAACUGGAUAGACAGAAGAAGACAUAAAAAUAAAAUAAACCUAGACAGGAAAUUAUCAGUCGAAAAAUCGAGAUAUCACUUA